GUAUGGUGUCCUUUAGCAACUGAACAAGUUAGUAAUUCAAUCUAUAUAUAUAAAAGAGUGAUGACAUCACGGCAAUUCACAAAACAACAAAAGUACAGGCCCCCCAACCUCAAAAUUUGACAACACAACCCAUCAUCCACGCCUCAAGGUUGAUACAACAAAAAGAAAAGAAAAAGAAAGUCCUAAUUAGAGGGAGAGCAAUAAUUUUUUUAUCCAAUUGCUGCCAGUUUAGAGGGCUAAUCUCUGCCCACUUGGUUGCCUAGCAAUUCACAAAACAACAAAAGUACAGGCCCCCCAACCUCAAAAUUUGACAACACAACCCAUCAUCCACGCCUCAAGGUUGAUACAACAAAAAGAAAAGAAAAAGAAAGUCCUAAUUAGAGGGAGAGCAAUAAUUUUUUUAUCCAAUUGCUGCCAGUUUAGAGGGCUAAUCUCUGCCCACUUGGUUGCCUAGCAACCAGCCAAGGGACAGCCAGGUUUCAGUUAGGGGACAGGCAGAUAUAGGCCUCACUGAGUCUUCUUCCACAGAUUAUCUAAUUUGCACUGGAUUAUAUGGCAGUGUAGACUCAAGGCCCUUCCACACAGCUAUAUAACCCAUUUAUAAUCUUAUAUUAUCUGCUUUGCACUGGAUUAUCUUGAGUCCACACUGACAUAUAAUCCACUUCAGUGUGCAUUUUAUACAGCUGUGAAGAAGGGGCCUCAGAUAAUCCAGUUCUGAGCAGAUAAUAUAAGAUUAGAAAUAUACAGUAGAGUCUCACUUAUCCAACGUAAACAGGCCGGCAGGAUAAGUGAAUAUGUUGGAUAAUAAGAAGGGAUUCAGGAAAAGCCAAUUAAACAUCAAAUUAGGUAAUCGUUAUACAAAUUAAGCACCAAAACAUCAUAUUAUACAACAAAUUUAACAGAAAAAGUAGUUCCAUGUGCAGUAAUGCUAUGUAGUAUUUACAGUAGAGUCUCACUUAUCCAACACUUGCUUAUCCAACGUUCUGGAUUAUCCAAUGCAUUUUUGUAGUCAAUGCUUUCAAUAUAUCGUGAUAUUUUGGUGCUAAAUUCAUAAAUCCAGUAAUUUCUACAUAGAAUUACUGCGUAUUGAACUACUUUUUCUUCCAAAUUUGUUGUCUAACAUGAUGUUUUGGUCCUUAAUUUGUGAAAUCAUAACUUUGUUUGAUGUUUAAUAGGCUUAUCCUUAAUCCCUCCUUAUUAUCCAAUAUAUUCGCUUAUCCAACAUUCUGCCGGCCCGUUUAUGUUGGAUAAGUGAGACUCUACUGUACUGUAUUUACAAAUUUACCACUAAAAUAUCACAAGGAAUUUAAAACACUGACUACAAAAACAUUGAUUAUGAAAAGGCAGACUGCGUUGGAUAAUCCAGAACAUUGUAUAAGCGAAUGUUGGAUAAGUGAGAUUCUUCUUUAAUAUGAAAUAAUUACUGGGAUAGAAUAAUGCAGAACAAUAUAAUCUCUAAAACCAGGACAGUAAAUAAACAGGGGAAUUCCACACAGGAAACAAUCAGGGCCAGCUAACACCUCCCAACAAAGUAUUCCCAUCAUCAAAGUCUGGCAAAUCCUCUGUUUUCUCAGGGCCACAGACAGUAGAAGCACAUAAAAUAUCGCAAACAACACCACUCUGAAAACAAGGGAAUUCCAGACAGGAAACAAUCAGGGCCAGCUAACACCUCCCAACAAAAAAUUCACUCAGGGAGGAAACAGCCAGGCUUUAAAGCUGCAAGGCCAUUACAUCCUAAUCAUUUUUCCUAAUUGCAGCAUUCAUACUUGCCUCCAACAAACAAAAAAAACCCAAUCAGAAAUAUUGUAUAUUCACAACCUUUAGGAAAUAAUAUCCCCUGAUGGCACAGCGUGUUAAAGCGCUGAGCUGCUGAACUUCUGGACCAAAAGGCCACAGGUUUGAAUUGGGGGAGCAGAGAGAGCCCCCACUGUUAGCCCCAGCUUCUGCCAACCCAGUAGUUCAUAAACAUGCAAAUGUGAGUUCAUCAAUAGGUACUGCUCCGGCGGGAAGGUAACGCCGCUCCAUGUAGUCAUCCCACAUGACCUUGGAGGAGUCUACGGACAACGCCGGCUCUUCGGCUUAGAAAUGGAGAUGAGCACCAACCUCCAGAGUAAGACACGACUGGACUUAAUGUCUGGGGAAAACCUUUACCCUUGACCUUAACUACCACCAAUUCCUCAAUACUUUAUUUCCCAUAACACCAGACUUCGCCACAGCAACGCGUGGCCGGGCACAGCUAGUUAAUGUAUAAAGAAGUUUCACGUUUCUGCAGAUCAUCUGCCGAAAAAGAUUCUUCAGUUUCAUUUGGUUUUUAAUAUAAUGGCACUUAAAAGAUAGACAUGUGACAACCUUACUUUUGAUGUUAGUCCCUAUUUCUUAUCUUUUUAAAGAGAAUGGAAAAUCUACCUUCAAGAAGGGUUAUAAUCACUCACCUUGCUCCCAAUAUGCUGCCUAAAUCUGCUUUUAAAAAUAAAGCCAAGAUACUGGUCCUGAUUCGAAAUCCAAAGGACACACUGGUGUCCUUCUUUCAUUUUAACAACAAGGUGUCAGUCUUCCCUACAAAAACAUGGAAUGAAUUUUUCACAGAUUUUAUGAGUGGGAAAGUGAGCUGGGGGUCCUACUUUGACUUUGUUAAAGAAUGGAGCAAGUACAUUGAUGAUGAAAAUGUCACAUCCAUAAGUUAUGAGGAGCUAAAGGAGAAUCCAAACUUAGAAAUAAAAAGAAUAGCUUCAUUUCUUGGGUUUUCCCUGACUGAAGACGAGAUUCAAAGCAUUGUAGAAAAGAGCAGCUUCAAAACUAUGAAACAAAGUGGACAAGAAAUCCUUGGAACAUUUGGAGAUCUUCUUUUCCGUAAAGGAUCUGUUGGUGACUGGAAAACUUUGCUCUCGGAAUCCCAGAAUCAAGAAAUGGAUAGCAAAUUUGAAGAGUAUUUAGCUGGAACUAAAUUAGGAGCACGAAUAAAGUAUGACACUUACUGCAAAACCUGAGGAGACAGUUUUCACCUCCCUCUCACUGAAGACCUUUCUAUCUGCAGAAUUGCUUCUUGAACUGUUAUUUGUGUUAGCUUUUAAAAAUUUCUUCUCAGGAACUAGAUCUAACAUCUUAAAUUGUGAACAAGUCACUUUCCCUUUUCUUUCUGUAAAACUGGAAAUUGAUAGGUUGGGAAGGCAGCUUUGGGGUUGCAUUGCCAUUUUCAUUCUCCAGUAUGCCCCUUAUCCCCUAAAUUUAACUCCCCAAAAACCCAAGAUGAAGUCCAAAUACCUGGAAGGAACUACUGAACACUUGGAAAAUCAAAUAGGCAUGGACAUUUUUAGUGCUGUCUGGUUUGACAGUGCUAUCAGAUAUCCUUUUAUUUCGCCAGUUGUGAGAAUAUUGAAUAAAAAUAAAUUCUUGCUUUUCACAGGGAUUUCUGAAAGAUCUUCUUAGAUUGGUUGUCACUUCUGGUAUGUUUUUUUUUCUGGUAUGUUUUAAUCUGAUUAUUAGUUACUGAUAAUUUGUUUCUUUUUGCACUGUUAAAAUACUAUUUUAAUUGUCAGUUGUUUCCAUUUGGCUUCCUAAUGCUCCAUUCUUAUACUAGAGAUGCAAGAUAUUUUAUAUUUCCUGUUUGAGUCACUAAUUAAGUACCUUUUGAAGGUCAUAUUAUUGCAACCAUGUCUGUUUAAUUUUUCUUCAACAAUAAAAUCUGCUUAGAUUCCUCUAAAAUUAAAGGGCACAUUUGGUUUUUAGCAUCCAUGUUCUGUCCAGAAUUACAGCCAUGGUCAGAAUUUUCUACUAACUUUCAACUACAACAGAGAUUGUAAUGUCUGUGUAUGGAAAAACACCCGGGAAUGGACAAUGCCCCUAUUAAAACAGCUACACUGGCUGCCGAUAAGUUGCCAGGCCCAAUUCAAGGUGCAGGUUAUGACCUAUAAAGCCCUAAAUGGUUCGGGCCCCACCUAUCUCUGCAAUCGCAUCUCCCCCUAUGUAUCUGCACGGACUCUUAGAUCUUUCAGGGAG